UGACCAGGGGGCUAGCUCGCAUGCUAUCUCCUAACAGGCGUUUGUGUUUAUUCACGCUUUAUUUUCACGUUUUUCCACAUUGUGUGUUUGUUAAGACUGUAAACUCUUCUCUGGUUGUUGUUUUGAAGCUGAAAGGUGGUUGUGUAGGGAAUGAGAUCGGAUAUUUACUCCAUGUUGACAGAGGUUUAGCGGUGUAUUGGACGCAGACACCGGAAAUACAGAUGAGGUCUGAUUUAUUCGGUUUUAUUAUUAUUUAGAUCAGAAAUAAAGAUACACAUGGCGACUAUUCUGGAUGAUUAUGAAGACUCGCAGAUGAUCAGACACCCGGUGCAGACUGGACGCCUUCCUGCGGCCAACAUGAUAGGAAUCACUCAUUCAGGAUUCGUGAACGUCCGGCUGGAGGAAGAAAAACCCAUCUUCAACAAGCAGCGUAUCGAUUUCUCACCACCAGAAAAGAUCAAUCACUUCACCGUGUGCAACAACCAGCUGUGCAUGAGUCUCGGGAAGGACACGCUACUGAGGAUUGAUCUGGGGAAAGCGGAUCAGCCGAACCAGGUUGAGCUGGGAAGGAAGGAUGACAGUAAAGUAUACAAACUCUUCCUGGAUCCCACAGGAUCUCACUUGGUGAUCAGCCUGACCACGAGCGAGUGCGUCUACUUAAACAGAAACACUCAGAAGGUCCGCAGCCUCUCCAGAUGGAGGGGCCACUUAAUAGAGAGCGUGGGCUGGAACAAGAUUCUGGGCAACGAAACGAACACCGGCCCCAUUCUUGUCGGAACCAGCCAAGGUAUAAUUUUCGAAGCGGAAAUCUCUGCGUCAGAGGGUUCCCUUUUCAACAAACCGGAUCAGUAUUUCAGGCAGGUCCAUUCCUUGGAAGAAGAUGGAAAGCCAGCGCCGGUUUGCUGCCUGGAGGUGGAACGUGGGAUCGAGUCAAAGUAUUUCAUCAUUGCUACGACUCGCAAGCGUCUGUUUCAGUUUGUGGGGAAGUUAGCUGAGGGAUCCGAGCAGCAAGGCUUCAGCUCGAUCUUCGCUCAGAAUCAGGACCUUUUACCGAGCUUCCAAGAGUUUCCUGUUAACAUGGGCUACAGCGAGAUUGGCUUCUACACCUCCAAGCUCCGUUCAAGCCCCAACUCGUUCGCCUGGAUGAUGGGAAACGGGGUUUUGUACGGCCACUUGGAUUACUCACGGCCCGACUCUCUUCUAAGCGACGUCCAGGUGUGGGAAUACACGCCGGACAUCGACUUUAGCUACAACAAGCCGAUCUCCAUCGUGCUCACGCAGUUUCAUUUCCUUCUCCUGCUCCCUGAUCGCGUCAAGGCCAUCUGCACCUUGAACGGACAAGUCGUCUACGAAGACGUCUUCCCGGAUAAGUUCGGUUCCCUCAAAAAGAUGAUCAAAGAUCCCGUGGGCGGACUGGUCUGGAUCUACACCGAGAAAGCCGUAUUCCGUUAUCACAUCCAGAGGGAAUCCAGAGACGUCUGGCAAAUGUACAUGAACAUGAAGAAGUUUGACCUGGCCAAAGAAUACUGCAAGGAUCGACCCGAAUGCAAAGAUAUGGUACUCGCCAAGGAAGCGGAGCACUGGUUCCAGAACAGACGUUACUUAGAGAGCGCAAAGUGCUACGCCCUGACUCAGAACUACUUCGAAGAAAUUGCGCUGAAGUUCAUCGAAGCCAAGCAAGAAGAAGCACUGAAGGAAUUCCUGUUCCGAAAACUGGACAGCCUUAAAUAUACAGAGAAGACCCAGAUCACGCUGCUGGUCACCUGGUUGACCGAGUUGUACCUGAACCGCCUCGGACAGCUGGAGGUGGACGACCAGAAGAAAGCGCAGUUUCAGGAAACGCGCCAGGAUUUCCAUUCUUUCCUGGCCAGCAGCAAGCACAAAGAGUGCUUGUACAACUACAGGAGCACCAUCUACGACCUCUUGGCGAGCCACGGAAACGUCGAGGACAUGGUCUACUUCUCGGUCAUCAUGCAGGACUACGAGAGGGUCAUCUCGCACCACUGCCAGCACGACGACUACGCCGCGGCGCUCGACGUCCUCUCCAAGCACUGCGACGAAAAGCUCUUCUACAAGUUCUCCCCGGUCCUCAUGCAGCACAUUCCCAAGAAAGUGGUGGACGCCUGGAUCAAGAUGGGCCACCGGCUCGAUCCCAAGCAGCUGAUCCCGGCGCUGGUGAACUACAGUCAGAUCGGCAGCACUCAGCAGAUCAACGAGACCAUCCGGUACAUGGAGUUCUGCGUGUACGAGCUCAGCGUGGAGGAAGAAGCCAUACACAAUUACCUUCUCUCGCUUUACGCCAAGUAUAAACCCGAAUCUUUGCUGUGGUACCUCGAGCAGGCGGGGACCCACGCCUCGGAGAUCCACUAUGACCUCAAAUAUGCCUUACGCCUCUGCUCCGAGCAUGGCUAUCUCCAAGCCUGCGUGUUGGUCUACAAGAUAAUGGAGCUGUACGAGGAAGCCGUGGAUUUAGCUUUGCAGGUGGAUGUGGACUUGGCCAAGUCGUGCGCAGACCUCCCGGAGGACGACGAAGAGCUGAGGAAGAAGCUGUGGCUGAAAAUCGCUCGCCACGUGGUCCAGGAGGAGAAGGACGUGAAGAAGGCGAUGAACUGCCUGUCCAGCUGCAGCCUGCUGAAGAUCGAGGACAUCUUGCCUUUCUUCCCUGACUUUGUCACCAUCGACCACUUCAAGGAGGCCAUCUGCUCCUCGCUGGACGACUACAACCAGCACAUCGAGGAGCUCAAGCAAGAGAUGGAGGAGGCCACGGAGAGCGCCAGGCGCAUCCGGCAGGACAUUCAGGAGAUGAGGAACAAGUACGGUGUGGUGGAGUCUCAGGAGCAGUGCGCCACCUGCGAAUUCCCCUUACUCAACCGACCCUUCUAUCUUUUCCUGUGCGGACACAUGUUCCACUACGACUGCCUCUUCCAGGAGGUCACGCCGCACCUCUCGUCAUACAAACAGGCCAAGCUGGAGGAGCUGCAGAAGAAGCUCGUGGCCACCACUGUGACCACAAAGUCCCGCCACAGACCCAAAGAGGACGACACGGUGAGCUUGGGGAAAGGCCCGGGCGGCCGAGAGCAGAUCAAAUCAGACAUCGACGACAUCGUGGCGUGCGAGUGCGCGUACUGCGGAGAGCUGAUGAUCAAAACCGUCGAUAAACCCUUCAUCGAUCCCAGCAGGUUCCAGGAGGAGAUGUCCAGCUGGCUCUGAGACUGAGAAAUCAUCAUCAGGGCUUUCAGAAACACCUGUGUGUGUGUGUGUGUGUGUGUGUGUGUGUGUGUGUGUGUGUGUGUGUGUGUAACUGCUUCAGCAUGUAUCUCACGUUACACCAAUAAACCCUCAGCAUUA